UCAUCUCUGCAUUUGUUGUGCAGACCUUACUUUACAUUAUUUUUACAAUUCGUUCUAACUGGGAGGAACAUGCAAGGAAAGUUCAAAGCAGAGUUGAGCGUUCAACUACAACCGGCGCGCCAACUACUAGAGACUCCAUCACGGAGUCUUACAAUCUCAGAAACUUGAACAAAUUCCCUAGUCAAUUGAUUGUGUUUAUUGCUUUUAUCGUGUUGAAAUUUGAAUCAUAGCAAAAAAUUCCCCCAAAGAAGUGGUAAUGUUUUGUUAAGUAUUAGCUCACUAGAUUGGUUUUGUUGAUUGAGCAAUAAAGAAAUUCAAUUAUUAUUCAAGAGAUUGGAUUUAAUACAGAAUUUGGCAACUAAAAUCUGGAAUUUUAAUUUAUUAUUUUUAUACAUACAUAGUAAGAAAAUAAAGUUAGAAUUAAAUUCAAUACCAUUAAAGAAAAGUACAGUAAACACAUAAAUUAUGUAAAGAGCUAAGUCUGUGAAUAAAUUCCUUUUGUAAAUAACUAUAACUGUUGAAAUAACCUUAUCUGCUGCUGCUAUGUACUUUGGCUUCUUCUUCUUUUUAUCCCAAACAGAACAGACUUUCCUUCUUCAACAUCCUAAUGAUUUGAGGGGAGGAAGAGAAGUUUCUCUAAAUUAGCAGCUUCUGUCUGUGACACAUACCAAUCAGUGCAAGUUUCCCACUUGCAAACAAUUCACAUUAAAUUCCCUGGGACCAGUUUGUCUACAUAUAAAUCAACCUAUCCAUUUCCAAAUUUGUCUUACUCACCAAGGAUCAAUGCAAUGUCACCAUUCAUCUUCUAUCCUCCACAAAUCCAAUUCAUCAUUUUUAUAAUUUUUCUUGGUUCAGAAACAGCCUUUAACAAUUGCUACACUAUCUUAUCUUCUCACUCUCCCAAACAGACAUCAUUCAUUCACUACCAAUGGCAGCUUCGAAGAACAAUCCCAAUGCUCAGAUUCUUGACGAACUAGAAGCUCUGAGUGAAACCCUCUACAAAAAUCACACAUCCACCACAGCUCGAAGAACAGCCUCACUUGUGUUGCCGCGAAAUACACCUGUUCCAUCCAUUGAAGAUGACAGUGACAAACACACGACCGAAGUUUAUGGUGAAAGCAGUAACAAACCUCGAUCCCGUCGCUUGUCCUUGUCCCCGUGGCGGUCAAGACCAAAGCUUGAGGAUGAAAUUUCAAAAACAGAAACGAAAGAGGUGGUGGUUAAAAGUAAGACAUCGACAACUAAUUUGGAAGAGAAUGAGAAGAAAGGGAUUUGGAAGUGGAAGCCUAUGAGGGCACUUUCACAUAUUGGAAUGCAGAAACUAAGCUGUUUGUUCUCUGUUGAAGUGGUUGCUGCUCAAGACCUUCCUUCUUCCAUGAACGGACUGAGGCUUGCCGUUUGUGUUAGGAAGAAGGAAACAAAGGAUGGUGCUGUUAAGACAAUGCCGUCACGCGUUUCACAAGGAGCUGCUGAUUUUGAAGAGACCCUUUUCAUCAAGUGCCAUGCUUAUUACACCAACAACAAUCAUAACAAGAGGCUUAAGUUUGAGCCCCGUCCCUUUUCGAUAUACCUUUUUGCUGUUGAUGCUCAAGAGCUUGAUUUUGGAAGAAACUAUGUGGAUUUGAGCGAGUUGAUUCAAGAAUCCGUCGAGAAAAACCAUCAAGGUGCACGAGUUAGGCAAUGGGAUACGAGCUUCGGGUUAUCAGGAAAGGCAAAAGGAGGAGAACUUGUUGUGAAACUUGGUUUUCAGAUUGUAGAGAAAGAUGGAGGAGUUGAUAUAUACAAUAAUAGCAAUAGCAAUAGUCCAAUGCAGAAUUCAAAGUCCAGCAAGUUGAGUAGUUUAUCAUCUUCUUUCGCACGCAAACAAUCCAAGUCAUCCUUCAGCGUGCCUAGUCCCAGAAUAACAAGCAGAAACGAUGAGUGGACUCCUUCACCUUCACAGGAAGGUGGCAUUCAAGGAAUGGACGAUUUGAAUCUUGAUGAUCCAAACCCAGUUCAUGAUUCCUCUUCUUCUGCACAGAAAGUUGAUCAUGACCACAUAGAACAGGUGGAGGAUUUUGAUCUUCCAGAUUUUGAGGUUGUUGAUAAAGGGAUUGAGGUUCAAGAGAAGGAAGAAGAUGAAGGAGAGGAAUCUGAUAAAACCGUAGAAGAGAAACCGGUUGCAGAUGAGGUUGUGAAGGAAGUAGUACACGAUCAUGUGCACCAUGCUAGAUUGUCUGAGCUUGAUUCAAUUGCUCAACAAAUAAAAGCUCUUGAGUCUAUGAUGGGAGAUGAAGGUAUCAAUGACAUGAUGAAAAUAGAUGAAGAGACAGGGGAACUGGAUGCAGAUGAAGAAACUGUGACUAGGGAGUUUCUUGAGAUGCUUGAGGAUGAUCAGGACAGCAAAGGAUACUUAUUCAACCAACCUGAGAUUCCACCUUUGCAACUAGAAGACGCACACGACGAUUCUCCUGCAGAUGCAGGAGAAUCCAAAGUAUAUCUUUCUGACCUCGGUAAGGGCUUGGGUUGUGUGGUUCAAACAAAAGAUGGAGGCUACUUGGCUUCCAUGAACCCUUUGGAUGUUGUUGUUGCUAGAAAAGAUAAUCCAAAGCUGGCAAUGCAGACGUCGAAGCCUUUUGUGUUGGCAUCGCAUGAAUCUGUGAGUGGGUUUGAUUUGUUUCAGAAAUUGGCUGGUGUUGGUCUUGACGAACUCAGCUAUCAAGUUUUAUCCUCCUUGAUGCCAAUAGAUGAACUGAUAGGUAAAACUGCAGAGCAGAUUGCUUUUGAAGGCAUUGCUUCAGCCGUCGUACAAGGUAGGAACAAGGAAGGAGCAAGUUCCAGCGCUGCCCGCAUAGUUUCUGCUUUGAAAAGCAUGUCAACCAUUAUCAGUUCAGGAAGAAAAGAACGAAUAUCAACAGGACUUUGGAAUGUUGAUGAAAAUCCAGUUACUAUAGAAGAGCUUCUUCCUAUUUCAAUGCAGAAGAUUGAGUCCAUGACAGUUGAGGCAUUGAAAAUUCAAGCUGACACGGCCGAGGAAGAAGCUCCGUUUGAAGUUUCUACACUCAGAUCAAAGAAAGGGGAAAGUGGGAAAGAUCUUUUGGCUUCUGCUAUUCCACUUGAGGAUUGGAUUAGAGACCAAACCUUAAUAAGCUACAAGGGUGCUGCAACUGCAAGUUCUGAUGAAUCUGGAAGAGUCACACUGAUAUUGGUUGUCCAACUGAGGGAUCCACUGAGACGCUAUGAAGCAGUUGGAGGCCCUACAAUGGUGCUUAUUCACGCGACACGUGCUGGCACAAAGGGAAAUGAGGAAGAGAAGAAGAGGUUUAAAGUAACAAGCAUGCAUGUGGGAGGAUUCAAGGUUAGGAGUUCCACAAAGAAGAAUGCAUGGGACAAUGAGAAACAAAGACUGACCGCUAUGCAAUGGUUGGUUGCAUAUGGGUUGGGAAAGGCAGGGAAGAAAGGGAAGCAGGCAUUGGCAAAGGGACAAGACCUGCUAUGGAGUAUUUCCUCACGGAUCGUGGCUGAUAUGUGGCUCAAAACCAUGAGAAAUCCAGAUGUCAAGCUUGUAAAUUGAUUAAUUAUGUUAUGCCAAGAAAACAGUCUUUCAUUCAUGUAUCAUAAAAUGUUACACUCAUGUAUCAUAGAAAGUGUCCAGUUGAGGAAACACUUCUUUUCAGCCUGUCGGUUCAUAUUUGUUGAUUUGGUUUGAUUAACUAUAUAAAUAAAAGUGUGUAUUUUUUGCAUUGUGAA